AUGCAAUAACACCAAUAAAAUGAAGACGAGGGAGGAGCCGUUACAAAGCAUGAGCCCAGAUAUUACUACUCAAUUUUCACGGCAAUUUCUGACCAGCUGUUUUUUCUGCUAUUUUUCAGUCCUGUAGCUCCAGGAAAGAAACAAAGUUGACCUUAUGAUAAGAAGCAUGGCAGCAUUAUCCAAGAAAUUUAUUGAUAUUGGUGCUAAUCUUACUGAUGAAAUGUACCAGGGGAUAUACCAUGGUAGCAAAAAACAUGAAGCUGACCUGGAUCAAGUUUUGAAAAGAGCUUGGGAUGCAGGUCUCACCAAAAUGAUGAUUACUGGCACAAGUCUCUCUGAUAGUAAAAUUGCUUUGGAGUUAGCAAAAACCAAUGAGCAUCUAUUCAGCACUGUUGGUUGUCACCCAACUCGUUGUGGAGAAUUUGAGAAAGAUGACACCGAGCCUGAGGCUUAUUUGGAAGGGUUACUGCAGUUAGCUUUGGACAAUAGGGAGAAAAUUGUUGCCAUAGGAGAGUGUGGUCUUGAUUAUGAUCGCACACAGUUUUGUCCUCCAGAUAUUCAGAGAAAAUAUUUUGAGAAGCAAAUUAGUCUAGCAGAAGUAACGGGCUUACCAAUGUUCUUGCAUUGCCGAAAUGCAGCUGCAGACCUUUUGAAGAUCUUGUCUCCCUACCGAGAGAAAAUAUCUGGAGGCGUUGUGCAUUCUUUUGAUGGCACUAAAGAAGAAGCCCAGCACAUUUUGGAUCUAGAUUUAUAUAUUGGAUUGAAUGGAUGCUCCUUAAAAACUGAGGAAAAUCUGGCUGUUGCUGCAACAAUUCCAGUGGAGAGAUUGUUGAUUGAGACUGACUGUCCUUGGUGUGAAAUUAGACCUACUCAUGCAGGUCAUAAGCAUGUCAAAACAACUUUUUUGAAUAAGAAGAAAGAGAAAUGGCAGUCUGGAGUUAUGGUUAAAAGUCGAAAUGAGCCUAACUGUAUAAUACAAGUCUUGGAAGUUUUGGCAUCAGUCCGAAAAGAGGAUCCUGAAGUUUUGGCUAAUGCAAUAUAUGAAAAUACCUUGAAGCUUUUCUUUCCUUCAGAGGCCAAAUGAAAACGGACCCCCACCUAUUCAUGGUUCAGGAUUAACAACUUCACCAAUUCACGGAUUUUUCCAUCGAACAUAUAUACGUGUACAGGCAGUCCCCGGGUUACGACGGGGUUUCCGUACUUGAGACGCGUCGUAAGCCGAAAAUCGUCGUAAGCCGGAACAUCGUCAAAAAUCCUAAGAAAACCUUACUUUUAAUGCUUUGGGUGCUUUGAAAACUAUGUAAACUGCAUUCUUAUGGCAUUUUUCAUCAAAAAAACCUUCAAAUAUUGAUUAUUUGGCCUUUUUGGUGUCAUAUUUCAUCUGCCAGAUGAGCGUUGUAGGCGUUGUAACCCUGGAAAUAAUGUCUGAUGAAUAUAAUUGAAAAGCUUCGUAACCUCGGAACGUCGUAAGCCGAGACCGUCGUAACCCGGGGACUACCUGUAUACAUAUUAUUCAGGGACAAUUUUCCUAUUUGCAGAAUUUUUCAUAGAGAAAUGUGCACUAACUACUGUAUUUUCAUAUCAUUUUUGUGACUAAAAUAAUUUUGUUCAUAAAACUGCAGGCAGUUCCCAGUUAUCGGUGGGGGCUCCAUUCUCGGUGGGGUGCUGAUAAGCGAAAACCGCCAUUAGCCGAAAGUCAGCGAAAAUUCGGUUAAUGCUGCCUCUGUUAGGUAUUUUAUGGCACCAUAACUAUUAUCAGCAUCUUAUGGCACCGAUAAUUGAAACUUGGCCUAUUAUGGUGCCAUAAAUCGCCGCGCCAUAAAACAGGAUGGCCAUUAACCAAGUCCACCGAUAACCGGGAACUGCCUGUUUUAAAGUAAUCAGUCAUAAGCGUUCUUAGUGUUUUUAGGGGUGGGAGGUCUUUGAUGUUUGAACUCUUAAAAUAGAAAGCUAUUAGCAUUUUUAGAGGGAUGUCAAGUAUUUGCAGAUUUUGGUGAUUCUCAGGGGAUUGUGGCACCCAUCCCCCACAAAUACUGGGGCGGUUGACUGUACGUAUUGUUUUUACUUUAUGAAUACUUUAGCUGUAAAAAAUGCAACUACCGAGUUGAGCAACUAACAUGUAGAAAACUGAUUCAUUAUAAAUCAAAGAAACAGGUUUACCAGACAUUGCCUUUAAAAAUAAAUUCGAUCGUUUAACAUGAAUAUGUUCAUAGCCUUUCAAAAGUAAUUUUUCUAAUAAUAAAGGAAAUUUUUUUAAAGAUAGAAAAUUACAUAAAAUCUCUCAUACAAAAUUAAAUAGUUUCAGGUUUAGUUUACUAUUGUGUGACUAGACAUAGUUAGCAAUAAUUUGUUUCUAAUAAUGACUUUGCUUAUAUUUUAAUCUCAUAAUUUGAAACAAGUAACAUUUGAAAUUAGUAAUCAUUUUCAUAACACGUACAGGUAUUAGAACAAAUUUUGUCAGCGAACUAACAUUAGAUGCAUAGAAUCAUGCCUUCUGAGGUUUUUUUUAUACUUUUUUGUUAAUGUCAUACCAUCAUUACUUAAAAUCCAGUUGGAUUUAUUUGUUACAGUUCUUUUAAUUGUACUAGAAAAGAUUAUUGUAUCGUGCUCAGUUUAGCUUCAAGUAAAAUAUGUGAUAAUUUUAUCAACCAGAUCACUAACAUUAACAAUUCAAAAUGCCAUUUAUAUAUGCAAUGAAAUCUGUGGAUGUGCUUGUAAUUUUAUUACUAUAUAUAUAUACUACACAACACAAAAGGAUUUUAUCUGAUGUACUAGGGCUCCUUACAAAGAAAGUUAUAUAGUUAUACCUCAUGUAAUGUUGUUAAUUGGUUCCAAAACAUGUACAUAAUUCAUUUUGGAAAACAACUUGAAUAAAUCAACCAGCUUAAGAAUAAACAUUAAUCCCCUAUAAACACCCCAUAAAUGUCAUUUAUAGCAUUGUUAUAUAGAAAUUAAAAAUCAUUGUAAAGUUGGAGAUAACUUUGUUACUCUGUUGAAGUUCUCUAUUAAUAAAAGUUUAGUAUAUUUUAAUAAUAAGAACUACAGUAUAGUCAAGAAUUAGGAAUUCCAGUAGUGCUAAGUCUAAUCGUAACAAUUAAUUGUGUGGAUGGGAGACUUGUAUAGCCUUUUUUUAGAUUGAUUGAUGCUCUUGUUAUUUUUGACUAGUGGGGAUAUUCUAUUUAAUGUCCAUUCUAUGUAUCUUUAGAGUCCAUGAAGUUCCUAUCCUAAUAUGGACCCUUGUAACUUAGUUUCAUUUCUAGAUAUUGAUACUGAUAAUAAUGAGAUUCAUUCCCAGAUAUUGAUGCUGGUGAUAAUGAUGAUAACAGUGGUACUAAAUCAAUUAUACAUUUAGAUAGUAUAUAUUUUAUCCCUCCUUGUCCUUACUUUAUAUUAGAAUGCAGUUCCACUGAAUGUAGGUCUGGAGAUACAUGGUGGGUUUGUUGAAAUUACUGUCAGCUUAGGAAUGAGUAAUUAUAACAGUAUUUUAGUAAGUUUGUUUAUCCCUCCUUGAAGACUAAAAAAAGUAAUGGAGACAUUUGAAGAUAUGCUAGUAAGUUGUGGAAGCCACAUAUGCAAUAAAUUGGAAGCAAAUGGGUAAAACAUGCCAGAAAUAAUAAUCAAAAUGUGGAAAGGCAUGGACAGCUCAGAUGAAUGUGAAGAGGUUGCUUCAUCAUGGAAUGAUGAGGCCAUGAAUAUUAAGGGAGUGCUGCGGGAAGUGUUUGGCUACCCAAACAUAACAUCUACCUUUAUGAAAGGAAACAUUACCCAUGGGAGAUCCAAAAAAUUUUAAACCAGUGUAGGUUUGCAAGUUUCAUUUCAGAGGAGGAUGGAAAACCUCCCAUUAUGAAUUGUAUGGGGUACAGAUGCGCAUAUCACACUGG